AUGCUUGGCAGCGUUGGUCUUGUGGCUCUCUCCAUAUUAGCCUUAACAGCCACAGCAGCUCCUCUCGAUACAAGGACUUUACAGACUCACAAUAAUGACUGCCUUUUGUCGAUCUCCACUUACAAAUCCCCUCACACCAUUAGCCUCCGAAAGUGCAGCAUAAAGGGCCCCAAUACUCGCAGUGCCGGUUACCAGUUCAAGGAUCGACAUAACACGGCCAAUGUGACUUCUUUGCUAUCGGGUCAGGAGUAUGCCACCUCCAUCACGUUCGGAAAUCAGACUUUUGAGGUCAUCCUGGAUACUGGAUCUAGCGAUACUUGGGUGCCCCAGUCUGCUUUCAAGUGUUACGAUCUAGAAACUCACAACCGGACAUUGCAGGCAAGCUGCGGGUUUGGGCCGGAACUAUAUAUCCCCAGCAGCACUUUUAAGAAAUUUCCUGGCGAGUUGUUUGAUAUCGGCUACGGUGAUGGUGAAUUUGGCUACGGAUACAUGGGCAACGAGAGUGCUGCCUGGGAGGGUGACAAUAUUACACCUGGUCUUGUUGGUCUGGCUUAUUCUGCUGAGACGACCGCAUACCAUAUUACCAUAUCAAAACAGCAUCGCUAUGACUCUAUCUUCACAAAUAUGUAUAAGCACGACUUGGUGGAUCCAUAUUUCAGUCUAGCUAUCUCUCGCAAUGUAUAUGGUGACUCCGGUUACUUUACACUUGGUGGCCUACCCCCGAUCAAAUUCAACCAUACCUGGACUAUUACCGAUAUUCUAGUCGCUGAUAUCAAGGGAUAUCCAAAGACCUGGGACUUUUACACGAUUUACAUUGACGAUGUGACUGCGAAUGACAAGAAUCACACCAAAGCUGGAGACAAGCGCAGACAGUAUAUAGUUGACUCUGCCAAGAAGAAUGCCGAUGGCACUUACCGUGUUGCCUGUAAUGCCACUCCUCCAACCCACGGUGUUACUAUCAACGGCAACACAUUCACAAUCAACCCACUAGACAUGAUUCUCCCAUACGGCCAAGAUUAUGAUGACAAGGAAAUAUGUUUUACUGAUAUUACCGACGGUGGUGACGAUGUUCAUGAGGACAUCUUUAUUUUGGGUGACACAUUCCUUAAGAAUGUUGUCGCUGUCUUCGAUGUUGGGGCUGUUAAGAUGCGGUUUGCGCCGAAUGUGGAGUACAACUCGAAUCCAUGA